AUGGAGAAUGUAUAUCCUCAGUUCGCGAAGACAGUUUACAAGGAGGUCCGUGAUAUUAUGGACAGCGGUAUUGAUGGUGUGAAGCUAUUUUUAAACGAAGCGGACUUCACUGUUAUACAGGCUAUGAUUGAUGGGCCAAAAGACACACCUUUUGAGGGAGGUCGAUUUAAUAUAAAAUUGGUUCUUCCCAGCAAUUAUCCCACGGACCCUCCGAGGGGUUAUUUUACUACUAAGAUUUUCCAUCCAAACAUAAAUUGGCACACGGGAGAUAUAUGUGUUGACACACUAAAGAAAGAAUGGAGAUCGGAUUUGGGUCUACGGCAUAUUCUGAUGACUAUCCGCUGCCUAUUAAUCGCUCCCAAUCCGGAGUCAGCUCUUAACGAAGAAGCGGGGAAGUUGCUGUUGGAAGACUAUAACGAGUACACUAAGCAGGCUCGGCUGUUCACAGAGGUUCACGCUCUCGCACCUGAUAUUACGAAGAGAAGCGGGGUAGAGGGUGGGGCGGCGCCAUCCACACUUCGUGAUUCUAACGGCCAAGCUAACGCAAAGUUGAAGAAAAGCAUGAAAGCUCAGAAAAAGGUUUCAGUGGCCAGAAAGAUGAUACGACGCCUAUAA